UUUAAGGCUGCAAGGAAGGAGUCCUGGGAGCAUGGCUUUCCCUGAGCCAAAGCCGCGGCCUCCGGAGCUGCCGCAGAAACGUUUGAAGACGCUGGACUGCGCGCAGGGGGCGGUGCGAGCCGUACGAUUUAAUGUGGAUGGCAAUUACUGCCUGACGUGCGGCAGUGACAAGACCCUGAAACUGUGGAACCCGCUUCGGGGGACGCUGCUGCGGACGUACAGCGGCCACGGCUACGAGGUGCUGGAUGCGGCCGGCUCCUUUGACAACAGCAAUCUCUGCUCCGGCGGCGGGGACAAGGCGGUGGUUCUGUGGGAUGUGGCAUCAGGGCAGGUCGUGCGCAAAUUCCGGGGCCACGCAGGGAAGGUGAGCACGGUGCAGUUUAAUGAAGAGGCCACAGUUAUCCUGUCCGGCUCUAUUGAUUCCAGUAUCCGCUGUUGGGAUUGCCGCUCACGGAGGCCUGAGCCAGUGCAGACGCUGGAUGAGGCCAGAGAUGGCGUGUCCAGUGUGAAGGUGUCAGACCACGAGGUCCUGGCAGGCUCCGUGGAUGGCCGUGUGAGACGCUAUGACCUGAGGAUGGGGCAGCUCUUCUCAGACUACGUGGGCAGCCCCAUCACCUGCACCUGCUUUAGCCGGGAUGGGCAGUGCACCCUGGUGUCCAGCCUGGACUCCACAUUGCGGCUCCUGGACAAAGACACAGGGGAGCUGCUGGGCGAGUACAAAGGCCAUAAGAACCAGGAAUACAAGCUGGACUGCUGCCUGAGUGAGCGUGACACACAUGUGGUCAGCUGCUCUGAGGACGGGAAGGUGUUCUUCUGGGACCUGGUGGAGGCCCAGUAGAACAGAAGUUGCCUUGGAGGGCAGGCACAUCAAGGGACAUUUUCAAGGUGGAAAGAGGAACCAUGGCUUGCUUGAGGAACUGUUUACAUUGUGUUGUGACCAGGGGAAGUGGGGAUCAUUGGGGCUGCCAAAUGGACAGGAUGGAGCCCAGCUGGUGGCAGGGAACAGGCAAGCUGCGAGCAAAGCGUGCUCCAAGCAUGGUAGUAGCAGAAAAUCAGCGGUCUCUGGACAUGGUCUAGAAGCAGAGCCAAGAGGAAUGACUGACAGAGGAACGUGUGGUACAAGAAAAAGACUCCUGGCCAGGCGCGGUGGCUCACACCUAUAAUCCCAGCACUUUGGGAGGCUGAGGGGGGGUGGAUCACGAGGUCAGGAGAUAGAGAUCAUCCUGGCCAACAUGGUGAAACCCCGUCUGUACUAAAAAUACAAAAAUUAGUUGGGCGUGGUGGUGCGUGCCUGUAAUCCCAGCUACUCGGGAGGCUGAGGCAGGAGAAUCCCUUGAACUAGGGAGACGGAGGUUGCAGUGAGCCAAGAUCGCACCACUGCACUCCAGCCUGUCAACAGAGCGAACCUCCAUCUCAAAAAAAAAAAAAAAAAGAAAAAGACUCCCAAAGCCAGGCGUGGUGGCUCACACCUGUAGUCCUAGCACUUUGGGAGGCCAAGGCAGGAGGAUCACUUGAGGCCAGGAGUUCAAGACCAGCCUGGGCAACAUGGUAAGACCCCAUUUCUGCUUUUUUAAAAAAUAAAAAAUCAAUAAAAGG